AUCAAAGUUGUGGAAAGUUGAAACCUUUCUUUUACCAUCACAUCAUUAAUCACCAAAAACUCAAGUAUAAAAAAUGAGCAGCAGUCAGUCAGCAUAGCAGCAAGCAGUACAGCCGCCACCAACACCACCGUCUCGUCUUUCUCUGCCUUUCAUAAGACCCUUCACAUCUGAACCAAAUUGUUCCUUAAACCCAUUAAUGGUUUCUCUCAGCCACCCUCUUAUACCCCUUUUCCUUUCCACUCCAAAACCAAAACUCCAACCAAACAAAUUCCCAACCAAAGUCCGCAUGUCUUUCCAAGAAUCAGGCCCGUCCGUCGCCGUCGUAGGCGUCACUGGCGCCGUAGGCCAAGAAUUCCUCUCUGUCCUCUCCGACCGUGAUUUCCCUUACCGUUCCCUCAAGCUCCUCGCCUCCAAACGCUCCGCUGGCAAGUCCAUUUCCUUCCAAGACCGCACCUUCACUGUCCAAGAACUCACCGCCGACAGCUUUGACGACGUUGACAUCGCGCUUUUUAGUGCUGGUGGGUCGAUAAGCAAACAGUUCGGUCCCAUUGCGGUGGAGAACGGUGCCAUCGUGGUGGAUAACAGCUCGGCGUUUCGAAUGGUUGAUGGAGUGCCUUUAGUUAUUCCUGAAGUGAACCCGGAAGAAAUGGAUGGGAUCAAAGUUGGGAUGAAAAAGGGUGCUUUGAUAGCAAACCCGAAUUGUUCUACUAUUAUUUGCUUAAUGGCCGCUACCCCUCUUCAUCGCCUUGCUAAGGUGACCCGUAUGGUGGUUAGUACAUAUCAGGCAGCUAGUGGUGCUGGUGCUGCUGCCAUGCAUGAGCUUAAGCUACAAACCCGUGAGGUCCUGGAAGGGAAACCGCCAACUUGUAAUAUCUUUAAGCAACAAUAUGCUUUUAAUUUGUUCUCGCAUAAUGCCCCUGUUCUUGAGAAUGGAUAUAAUGAAGAGGAAAUGAAAAUGGUGAAGGAGACAAGGAAAAUCUGGAAUGACAUGAAUGUUAAAGUCACUGCAACAUGCAUACGAGUUCCUGUGAUGCGUGCGCAUGCUGAGAGUGUGAAUCUUCAGUUUGAAAAGCCCCUUGACGAGGACACAGCAAGAGAAAUUUUGAAAAAUGCUCCUGGGAUAGUAGUUAUUGAUGAUCGGACUUCUAAUCACUUUCCUACACCAUUGGAGGUAUCAAACAAAGAUGAUGUUGCUGUUGGCAGAAUUCGCCAGGAUGUGUCUCAAGAAGGAAAUCAGGGGUUGGACAUGUUUGUCUGUGGUGACCAAGUACGCAAGGGAGCUGCACUUAAUGCUGUUCAGAUUGCGGAGUUGCUGUUAUGAUCUUGCUGGGGUAAAUUCAUUAAGGCAAUUAGAUUUGAACUCGCUGGUGUUUAGUUUAUUUAAUUUGAUCUUGAAAUGCAGAUAUUUAUUAUCUUGGUGAGUUGAACAAAACUUUGAAAGUUUUUUGUAGCUCGAUGAUUUCACUUCUGAAAGUAUAUUUAUUUGAACUAAUAUUCCCUCUUGGAGGGCAAUUUUGUCUAGACAGUCUUGUAAUAUUAAUCCUGCUUAGGAGACUUCAGAUUGCUUUAUACUCCAUCAGUGAAGUUAUAACUUCAUUCAUAGCUGUAUACUAAGUAUGUGUCUAGUUUGCGACAGUCUUCUUAAUGAAGUAAAAAUCUUUCGCUUCUACCUUCUCUACAGCUUGUUCUUUGUGAAUAGGUUUAACGUUACGAAUUGUCUCCAAACUAUGAAAUAUGAAAAUAUUUAAUGUGAUGC